AUGGCCAUCUCGUUAAGUUCUUCUUCGCGCAACCAUCCAACGAACAUGCACGAGAAGCUCAAGUUCGGUAUCGACUCGAUACUCGAUCCGUGCUUCGGCAGAGCGACGUCAAAUAGCCACCCCAUCGUUGUCAAGACAAGCGAUGCGCUGCACAGCCCAACUGCUAUGAGUCCGAGCUCUUCGUUCGGCACCAGUCCACCGGCGGCAUCAGUUAUCGAUAAUCGGGCUUUGUUUCCGGCAUGGGUGUUCUGUACGAGAUAUUCGGACCGUCCUUCAUCUGGACCGCGAACCCGAAAACCACGAAAGCGCGAGAUUUCCGAGGAGGAAAAGCGGCCACGAACGGCUUUCACUCCCGGCCAGUUGGACCGAUUGAAGAAACAGUUUCUUGACAACAGGUAUUUGACCGAGAAACGACGCCAAGAGCUCGCCCACGAGCUGGGCUUGAACGAGUCACAGAUCAAAAUAUGGUUCCAGAACAAACGUGCCAAGCUGAAGAAAGUGGCGGCUGAGCGUCCACCACUUACAUUGCAAUUAAUGGCACACGGCUUGUACAACCACAGCUCCAUUCGUCCAUGA